AUGGAUAUGAAUGAGUUCUAUUGCGAAGCUCCGGACUUCCUUCUGCACGUGUUCGGGGCCAAGCUGGUUGGCGAUUUCGCAAAGGCAAUUUCCGGGAUACUAUAUCGACUCAAGUCAAUCCUUACCAACGCUUCCGUCAAGAAGGGAGAAGAAACGAAGACCUAUGAACCCAUCGCUGAGGCUGCCAACACGAUGCUUCAGGAGCUGAAAUUACCUUUCUUCCUGGCCAUCACCUACACCUACUCCAAAAGUGGUGUGCACGACCUUAAGCCCAAUCUAAUCCUGUAUUCCACGUCACAACCAGGUAUGCCCUACCCGGAGGCAUCCUACUACCUCAAGAAGAAGGUGGAACACAAAGCCAAAGAGCACCAUGUUGCGAUUAUCAAAGUCAACACAGAUCCUAGGCUGGCCCCGUUCACUUUUGGCGGCAAGCCUUUCACAGUGACCUUGAAGGACCAGCCACAAUGCAGCACGACUUCACCGCCGGAUGGCCGGGAUUCCUGUGCCCAGAUGAUCAGCUACGUCAUGGAAGUCCACAUCCGUCAGCAUCGUUGCUUCCUCUUCACUGCUUUCAUCCAGGAACGAUAUGUUUGCUUCAUGCGAUGGGACUGUUCAGGUGCGAUUGUUUCAGAGUCACAUGAUUGGGUGGAGAACCCUGAGCCUCUGCUCAUGUUCUUUUGGUGCCUCGCCAAGUGCAGCGAUGAGGAACGAGGAUACGAUUCCACUGCCACGCUGGUUGGCGACAUCCUGCCGGGCCGAGCCCUCACAACGGAACUGAGGAAGCUCGAGGAGAAGUACAAAUCUAACAAAUGGAUCACAAAGUAUAUUAAGGAGGCUACCAAGGACACAAAGAAGUAUUCCUGGGUGAAAGAUGGCGAACGCUGGCAAUGCAAGGACACGCGAUACCUGACUGGUAUUGCAUUGCAAAUCGUAACUCAGACCGAUCUCGGUUAUGACAUGACGUCAUCCGUCUCGCUUUCCGAGACGUGUUUCUCGCCGCCCAUCGCAUCCACGCCGUCUGCCCACCAAGAUUCCUUCGACCUCCCCUAA